AGUAAUGGGCUUAACUACACAUCCCAGUGACCAAUGUCCUUAGUCAUAGCUCUAUCUUUUACAUACUCUUUCACAGGAAUAUUGUCCAGCUGCUGUAGCCAUUUCCGUAAAACCAUUUUCGUAGAUAAUCAGUAACAUUUGUAGUGUGUAAGCUGCCAUCUUUGUUGCGCAGUACCAAAUCAGGCAGCUGGCAGUAGCCUGGCAGUAGCCACGUCUGGCAGUAACUGUGCUGCACAUUGCCAGACAGCAGCAAUAUGUGGACAUGCCCUUGGAAGUGCAUCAGCCGCCCCACGCUGCAGACGCAGGAUGUGCGCUCCAGCCGUUAGGUAUUUUUUUGUUUAGUGUGAAAGUUCAGCCUGGGAUCAUUUCCUUCAGCUUUCACGCCUCCUUCAUAGACAAAACAAAUGAAAUAUCUCACUUGAAAUGUGCCAAUAUCCGCACCCAAUACUGACAACAGAUCCGCAGGUAAUAACUCAAGUAUUCACUACGCGUUUGUCUUAAUGUCCAUGUACUUUGCACUUCUUUCCAGUGUUUUUUUCUCGCUGUAAGAUAAGCAUGCCAAUCAGCUAAACACAAUGUUGGCAACUUUGCAAGCUUGAGUCCUGCAGUAUACUUCAGUUGUGUAGAACAAAGAUGUGGAAACUGCCUCAAUUUUGUUCACUUUCACGUUAGUAGCUGGUUGUCUAAUAAGGUAAAACAUCUUGAAACUGAGUUAUACAAUCUGCCAGCCAACCGGCAUUCAGUUUAGUCACCAACAAACAGAUUACAUGAAGUGCUACUCUGCAAGCUUUUAACAGAAUGCCUUGCAGUGUAUAAUCCUGAUUAUAAUGUCAAAUGAUUAACAACUAGUUUUAUGUUCCCCUUAAGUGUUUGUUGUAUUAAGUAACCAGGGAAGUGUGUCAAUGUUGCACAACAUUACGGGUUGUAAGUAUAAAUAAGGUCUGAGGACUACGGACCGCGCUCAGCAAGCGGGUUUCGUGAAGACAAGUGUAAAAUGGAGCGUGCAGUCCUCCUGCUGUUGUUGGUUUCAGGCAGCCUGUGCAAUGGGAAUUACAGCCACCUGGGGACCGGGACCAGCCUGGCAGUGUGUCAACCCGACACCUGCGCCCUGCUCAGCGAGGUGGCAGCCAUGAGGGAGAAGAUGGCAGCCACGACACAGACGCAGAGCAGGCUUGAACAAACCCUCAGCACCAUGAUGCAGAAAAUGGCCACGGUCGAGGCCAACAUGCAGUCCUACAGGAGCCAGGUCGAGGAGCUCUCGAUGGUAAACCAGGCUCAGGAGGAGCAGCUGAAGGCACUCAAGGACAUCACAUCUGCAAACACGACAAAGAUGGCUUUCACCGCUGCUUUAGGAAGCUCCAUUGGUCCAUUUCAACAAAGCACACCGGUGAAAUACCAAUCAGUCCUCUCCAACAUUGGCAGUGGCUACAAUCCCAGCACUGGCAUCUUCACAGCCAGGGUCCGGGGGAUGUACUACUUCAGAUUCACAAUGUACAACAACAACGCUGGACAGCCCAACUCGGUGGUGGCACUGAUGAUGAACAGCCAGAGGUUGGUGCAUACGUGGGACACUGCGGGCUCAGACAACCACGACAGCGCAUCGAACGCAGCAGUGGUGCAACUGGAGCCUGGAGACAGCAUGUUUGUGCAGCUCGAAGAGACCAGAGUGCUCUACGACGACGCCUUUAACUACAACACCUUCAGUGGUUUCCUGCUCUUCACCUUGUGACAAACUGUUCAUUUGAAUGUGUAACGCAGCAAUGUUUAAACCUGUAGUUUUACUAAUAGUAAAGCUGCGUUUUAUUCGGUCAUCUGUCGCUGUAAGUCCCGGGGAAACAACAGACGAUACGUCAGAGAGUGAGCAGGAAGUUGGCAAGCAUGACUACACAUAAUGUAAAUUAAACUUAAAGACAUUUCCUCAUUUCUGAACAUUUCUGCCUGAAUCAUGUUGGACAGAUUUUGUUGGCACUGGUCGCUGUUUAACAAUGAAGGUAACAAACUAGGUCUCUUGUUUUCAUUGUUUUGAUUGAGGGACAGUUUAACUUUUUUUAUUCAAUUGUCAUACAAGAAGUUUUAAUGACUAAAAUGACAAUAAAUGAAAUAUAUAAA